AUGUCUGUAGCUUUGAAUCCCGCAAAUAUAUCUCUACAACAGCUUUAUAACGAACAAUAUAUUGAUCAAGGAAAUAUAAUGUUUUACAAUGGAACCUACAAAAAUCUAGAAUUUACGCAAGAAAAAGAAGAAAAAGAGGAAGCGGAAAACUAUAAAAAAACUAAAUAUGGACCUAAGAAGCUUCUUGUUCCAUUUUCUUAUGUGUGUGAGGGAUUAGUAGAUGAUAAGGAAGUUAUCAUUGCUUUCGUGGAUCAAUUAGAAGUUGACUUACCGGCUGAAUUUGAGGGCUUCUCAAUUACACUUGGAGCUUUAUUUCAAAAUAAUGCAGAAACCAAUAAGACAUUUUAUAUUAACUGCAAAGCAUGGAGUGGGAAAAGAGGAAGGUUUGCAUUGAGAGUUAUCGGUAUUGAUGGACAAGCAUUUAGCGAAUGUGGAGACUCAGGUGCGCCAGUAUUUGACGAUGAUGGUACAUUAUGGAUUAUUAAACGGGUAACUUUUGUGGUCCCUAUUCAUUUGAUUUUGGACGAUGUUAUGUUAAAAAAAAAAUUUAAUGAUGUGGUAUUUACUCUAAGAGAAGAUGAACUGGAGAAAUCUUCUCAGAAAGAUACGAAGGAUUUAUUUUAA